UUAGAUACAUUAUAAUUAUACUAUUUUUCAUUUAUUUUCAUUUAUUAUCUUCGAGAGCACAUGAAGAUACAUUUAUUCAAAGAGGCUUUGUAGAAGAAGGAAACAGGCAAAUGAAUCUUAUUCAUAUGUACAUAUAUACUAUGUACACACACACACACAUACACACACACACACACCACACACAUAUCAUACAUAUUGCAGAGUGCAGUGAAUAAUAAAAAAGAUUUCAACUGUCAAAUCAGACAACCGGCUUUACAAAUUUCUGUAUUUACAAUAAGGUUGUAAAUGAAUACAAGCUUGAAAGAAAUAAACAAAUUAGAUAAUAAACUAUUACAUGAUUCUUUUAUUUUUAUACAGAACUAUUGUGCCAACAAAGAACAACUGCAUAUUGUUUGUCUUGUAAAUAUUUGCAACAAGUAUGCGUUUGGCAACAUUUUUAGUGUUGCUUAUUUGCGCAGGAGCGACAAAUGUUGACAUAGAUCCAUUGAAAACUAUUGUCUGGGGUCCAGGAUUGAAACCAGCACAGGUUACUAUGCGUGCGAGAUAUUUCUUUUUGCAACUUGUGGAUUUGCAUGGAAGAAAUUUAACGGAAUCUCCUGGUGAAAAUAUAAUCACUGGACAAAUAUAUGGACAAUCUUUUAAUGAUGUACCGUGUCGUGUGUGGACUCAAAUUUUUGACUGUAAAGAUGGAAGUUUUAUUAUGCGCUAUAAAGUUUUUAAUACGUGUUUCAAUGUUAAGAUUAAAGUUAAGAUUAAGGGAAAAGAUCUAUUAAUGCCUCAUUCAGAGAUCAAAGGUCCUGUUUACGAGGAAGAAUGUUACUGUCCGAACCCAUCAAUCAUUAAUUGGUUAGAGCAUUAUCAGUGCCAACAAAAUUAUACUCAGAUACAUCGUGAUCUUUCUCCAUUCUCAAAUAUUGACUUUAAUAAAAUACGUAAAGAUAUCAUUGAAAAAUAUGAUCGACCCACCAGCGUUAGUAUUUGUCAUUAUGCAUUGAAAUCUAAUAGAAUUUAUAGGCAAUGUUACGGACAAUAUGUUGGUUUCAAAAUAUUUAUGGAUGCUAUAUUGCUCUCACUUACACGCAAAGUGACACUGCCAGAUGUUGAAUUUUUUGUGAAUUUAGGUGAUUGGCCACUUGUUCUUGAUACAGAUCCACUUUAUCCCAUUUUUUCAUGGUGUGGAUCUGAAAGUACGAGAGAUAUUGUUAUGCCUACAUAUGACAUCACAGAAUCAUCUCUAGAAGCGAUGGGAAGGGUAAUGUUAGAUACACUCUCCGUACAAGGUAAUGGACUACCAUGGGAAGACAAGAUUGAGCAAUUAUUUUGGCGUGGACGUGAUUCCAGAAGGGAACGCCUCAAUUUAAUAGAUAUUUCAAGAAAGCAUCCAGAAUUUUUCAAUGUUUCCAUUACUAAUUUCUUCUUCUUUAGGGAUGAAAUAGAUAAGUAUGGGCCUGCACAAAAACAUGUAUCAUUUUUUAAUUUUUUUAAGUACAAAUAUCAAUUAAACAUUGAUGGCACAGUAGCAGCAUAUCGAUUUCCAUAUUUGCUUGCUGGCGAUUCUUUGGUAUUUAAACAAGAAUCCAAGUAUUAUGAAUUUUUUUAUAAAGAUCUUAUACCUGGGUUACAUUAUGUAUCUAUAAAAAGUGAUCUAUCGGAUUUAGUCGAGAAAAUUAUGUGGGCAAAGGAGCAUGACGAGGAUGGUUUGAAAAUUGUUAGAUCUGCCAGACAAUUUACCAGGGAUAAUUUAUUACCACGUGAUAUAUUAUGUUAUUAUACAGUUUUAUUUCAUGAAUGGAGUAAACGCUUAAAGAGUGAAGUUGAAGUACUGAAUAAUAUGGAAGAAGUACCACAACCUAGUCAUUCUUGUAAAUGUCACUUUAUCAAUUCAAACUUUAGAGAUGAAUUAUAGUUUUUAACAUCUUGCUAUGAUUUAUUUAUAUAAUGAAGAUUUAACAUUUAUUAUAUAAGUAUUGUAUUGUAUUGUAUCGUGCAUGCAAAGAUGCACAUUCAUUUACUAAGAUUUUAUAUCUAACUGCUAAUGUUAAAAAUAAAACAAAAUAUGAGCUUGAAC